AUGGUCGUUAGCUUGCAACUCAAUUCCUCGGCAAAACCUGCAGCCGAAUAUAGUGCAGCGGCAGAAGCAUCACUGAAGUGGAAGCGUGACGUGUAUUUGACCGGUUUCGGCAAAUUUAGCGAUAUCCUCGAGAAUCCGACCUCAAUUCUUGCCAAGAAGCUAGAAACGCACCCAAAAGUAAUUGAAGCUCAUGUGCUUGAAGUUUCCAAAGAUGGCUGCGUGGAAAUUUUGACGAAAAUGCAAACAAGGGCAGAGGAACGCCGUCGGCCUUGCGUUUUUCUACACUUUGGUGUCGACACUACAUCUUGCUCGCUAGUGCUUGAAAGAAUGGGCUAUAAUGUAGCAAACUUUCGGAUUCCAGACGAGCGAGGCUAUGUUGCCAAGAACGAAAUUAUUUGUGAAGAUGGGCCAGAUAUAAUUGAGACGACCAUACCAGUAGAAGACAUGCUUAAGACGCUCCAGACUGUGUACCCCCGAAUUGAAAUUUCGACCGAUCCGGGUCGCUACAUCUGCAACUUUGUGUACUACUGCUCGCUUGAUUGGGCCAAGCAGCAGAGGCUCAAAGGGUUUUCAGAUUAUCGUGCACUCUUUGUACAUGUGCCCGAAUUUCGAAUCAUCAAUCUGGAAGUACAACUGGAAGUCGCCUCGAAAAUUGUGGAUUAUGUCGCCAGCCUAUAUCAAUUAGUAGCACGUGUCAACGAUUGUAGCUUUAAAUACUGCAGACUUGAGCGAGAAGCAGUAAAGCAAUGCAGCAGUUGUCUACUUGAACUUAGACUUGCCAGCCACCGGACACGAUCAAGAAAUAAAAACCACAUUCAUCUAUAUUGUUAUCGCUGUCGUGGUUGCAUGUCGGCAGUGGCAUCCAGUACAGCUCUUUUGCACGAAGGCUGGUGGCAUAAAGCCUAG